AUGAAGUCCGGCAGAAGCGUGUCGGCGUGCGAGCUGAACCGGCGAACGGCGGAGGGGUGCGUCAACAUGUGCGGGAUGUGUCCAUCUUGCGCCUUCGCCCCAGAACCACCGGGUUCCGCUCGGUGUUCGUGGAGGCUGUCGGAUGAUUUCAAGAGGAGAUUCGUAGUGGAGCUGGUUUUACGGUGCAGGAACACCCAAAUGCUCGAAAGCAUCCAGAGUGUGCUGAGUGUAACUUCAUGGCCUUUAUUCACUUACGCCAGAUCCAGGAGCCGCGCUUCUCCACAGGACCACCCCCGCAGGGGCUCAGACCCGGUGCUGGGUGGGAAGCCGCUUGGCUUCGACAUGAAUGAGAUCUGGGCCUGGUUCAACAGCAGCCCCGACUGGAUAAAAUCACGCUAUCUCUGCCGUCUUUUCUCACUUUGUGACUCGGAACUAUUACGCGUGGUCGCUAAUUUAACCAGCGUCCUCCUGGUCCGACAAAAACGAGGGUUUCUGCAAUCUCAUGUGAUUAGCCGCAAUACCAAUCAACAUGACCAGGACAGUGAUGAUGAGUCAGAGGACCCUGCUCUCAUGGUGGUGCCAGGAUCCUCAAAGUCUGUGUCUGGAAUCAGCCGAUACAAAGACUUCAUAGGCUGCCUACCUGUUGACCUGUCAAAGAGGAUAUUAGGUCUGCUAGAUGAGCACACCCUGAGGGGCUGCCUGAAGGUUUGUAGACACUGGCAGCACCUUGCACAGGAAACCAUGGAGGAAAUCAAGUUUAGAAGAAUUUUUCAGGAUCAAAUCAAGGCAAUGAUGAAGACGUGCAAAGGUGUUAAAAUGGUCAGUCCUACUUACGCCAACAUCGUUGAAGUCCCCGUCCCUGUCCAGGAUGAUGAGAAAGUGGAUAUUCAAGCUAGUGUUCAAAAGGUGGAGCCAUUUGAAGCUGCUUAUGCCAAAAUCCAAACCAAAACAGUGCGAAUGGAGGAGCGAAAUGUUUAUUGUGGUGCAUAUUUUACCACCAUGCUGCUGGACAAAGGGGAUCCUCGUCGGGUGGUGGACUACAGGGGUGGACCUCUCAUGGCCACGGGCUCCAAGGACCGUGCGGUGCAUCUGCUCUAUGUGGCGUCAGAAACAAAAGUCGUGGCAGUGAUGAAGGGCCAUGUUGGCAGCGUCCGGGCUGUGCUGCUCUGUGAGGACCGAGACCUGCUGAUAACUGCGAGCCGCGAUGCCAGUAUCAGGUGUUGGAAUUUGAAGACAGACAGGUGCGUGAUGAUGCUGUAUGGACAUACAAGCACUGUCAACUGCCUGGAUGUCCAUGCUGACAGACUUGUCUCAGGAUCUAAAGACUGUCUAGUAAAAGUUUGGAGUCUACAAACAGGGAAGCAUUUUGGGGAUUUAAAUUUCAAGCAUCCCAGUUCGGUCCAGUGUGUGAGGAUCAGCACUAGAACAGUGUACAGCAGCUGCAAUCGGGGCCUUGUCAAAAUAUGGGACACUGAGAAGGCGUCGCUGCUCAGGGUGAUUGAUGCCCACAGGGGCGCAGUGAAGUGCCUUUUCUUGGGCGAAUGGCACUUUUUAUCCGGGGACUGUAAUGGUCAGGUUAUGGCCUGGAGCAUCAACUGUGAUGCUAAACAGUGUCUGAUGACCUUCAACCACCCAAAGGAGGUAAGAUCUCUGACUCUCCUCUACCUCCGUGUCAUUACUGGCUGUGCGGAUGGAAAGAUUCGCAUAUUUAAUUUCCUCACCGGAGAUUGUCUGAGAGACAUCGCGGCAGAGGCUGAAACAGGCCGAAUACUGUCCCUGCACUUCCAUGACAACAGCAUAUUAGUGAACUCAGCAUCCAGUGUGAAGCUCUUCCAGUUUGCCAAAGUGUUCUGGGAUUACGAGGAGUCAUCAGAGGGAGGCCGGGGCGACGUUUCUGAGAAACCUGCAGCUUCACUCAGAAAGCUUCCUCUCACCUGUGUCGGGGCAGAUCACAUGGCUCAGGUGGCUUCAUCCAGCCAAAAGAUGCACGACUGUAACAGCAAGAAAUCAGAGAGAGCGCACCACACCUGGUUCCCGCCAGCUAAAUGUCCAGCACAAGCCGGAGAGCACUGUGCCAAACAGUCUCUGAUGCAGAGAGAGAAAGCAACGAGUGAACGCAUGAAGAGGAGGGGUCUUCAUCAUCCUCUGACCCGCGACUCGCUCCUCCUCAGGGUCAACGCAAUCCAGAGGGCGCAGUGCAGGGACGAAGUCAGCAUCAACAUGGAGUGCAACGCCAGGCUGCGAGACUCCUGGGGUCCUCACACGUCUCAGGAUCCUCUGUACCCCGACCUGCAGGUCCUGAAACAGAGUCUGCAGAGCCAGAUGGAUCCUCCGCAGCCCAGCAGGGCCCAGACAUGUAUUCCAAUUUUAAAAAGGGCUGUCAGUCAAAAUAUGACAAACACAAUCCGGGGCAGGGCACAGCCUCAGAGUGCUGACACACACAGGGCAGUCAAGAGAGGGAGUCAGUUCACUACAAGUGCCACAGAGGGGCCACGGGCUCCUGAGUGCCUUCUCAGGGGAUCAACACCAAAUCCAGAAUGCUCCAUGAAAACUGGCACCAGCUUUCCCAGGGUCAGCCCUGUGGGUCCAUUCAGACAGCAGGGAGGAUUCAGGCUGCUCACAGUGACCCAGCUCGAAGACUGUGUCCGGGCCAAGAGAGAUCUCACGCAGGGCUGUGUGCAAAAACUGUCCAAGAGGGAUAAGAAGCAGGAGAAAACAUUGUGA